GAAAUACAUACAAGCAACAACCAUCAACUCUACCGUUGCACCUGGUUCUUUGUCAAACAGGGUUAAGAAGCAACAUCCCACCGCGAAACCCGAAACCCCACGUUCAAAAAGAACUCCUUAGCCAACUUUUAUCCACCGUUGGGCCUGCCAUCCACCCAUCGCCACGUAUUUUUUCGCGUGUCCGGUUCAUAUCGCCCCGCGACCCAUUUUUCGCACGGUCUUCACUAGGAGGGCAAAACGAAACAUACAAAGACGUUUAUAUCAUGCCAUAUAACCUUUUUUAAAAAGGAGACAUACUACUCUGGAGCCAAUGGAUCUGCUAUCUCAGCUUUUCGAAGCAAACAGGCGCGAAAGCUCAGAACGAAACAUGGAAUCAAACCAAAGCUUUCCCUCCUCCAACCCUGCUCCUCAAUCUCCUCAAUCUGUCGCGUCAUCCAACCCGGGCUCGCCUGUCGUAUCCCUCUUCUCCGCGAGAGCCCAUAACAGAUUCCCCAGCUCGACAUCUUCGUUAGCCUCUUCACCUGGCUUGGGGAGUCUCACGGAGGGAUACAGCGUUAUGAAGACGCCUCUGACCGAUGUCAAAGAGGAUCCACUUGAGCGCGAAACGAGCGUGGUUGUGGGAAGCCCUUACUUUGCAGACUUCAACCAAGUUCACUCCGAUGAUGGCUAUCCCGUAGUGCUAGAGUCCUACGAAUACGACCUAUCAGAUGAUGUGGUCGAAAAGCCAGGUUCACCCAAGAAGCGAAAGUCAGAUAGCAACAGCACAGCUACAACUUUUCGCGGUAUCGCUGGCCUGAGUCACCGAUUUACUUCCAUGUCGUCCAAAUGGAGACACAAACAAAAGGUGGACACCGCUGCGGCGGUCUUGGAAAAAUAUGACGAAUCGCUGCGAUCGCGUGCAAAUUCUGCGACGUCAACGUUGGUGAGCCCGGCUGUCAGCUCCCUAUCCAUCCGCCAAGGUCACCAUUCCCCCUCCCCAGCAAGAGCGGUUUUUGAGGAGCGGAUAAACGAGGCCGGUAUUGCACCCAUAGACGUUGAUAUGGCCAAUCGACAAAGUAUGGAAAGAGAACCAAAUGCAACCACACCCCUCCUGCCCCCUCUGAUGGUAAAUCUCCCGAAUGGAGAUGAUAUAUCGCCAGCACAGUCGCCAUUACAGUCUCCCUCCGUGGCUGAUAGGGCCAACCGCAACACCAUCGACCCUUCCAGACCAACAUGUCUACCUUCACCGCCGCUAUCCAAACAGCCCUCAGUAUCAUCCAUGAAUGGUCAAUUGGCGGGAGCCAAAUGUCCUGCCCCGUAUCUCUCCCCGGUUGCAAUGCCGGAUACGGACGAUGAGUGGUCCGACAAGCUGGGCCAUGCGAAUUUCACCAUCCGACCUGAACCCUACCUCCCCGCUGCUCGAACGGUCGAGGCUUUUGACGAGCACUGGAACAACUGGGAACUUGCCCGCUACAACUAUGCGAAACACCUCACUCGCAUUUCAGAGCAUUACGGCGCAACGUCCAACAUCUACCGGCUCACAGAGGAGAAAUGGGAUUCGGUGGAGGCUCGGUGGCGAGAGAACCACAACCAACUCGUCACGAGUCUGGAGGAUGGCAAAGGCAAUCCCGUCAGCUUGCUACACAAGCCGGACAUCCACCCCGUCGAAGCCAUCAAAAUCCCCCACCUGGACGACAAGAGCAAAUUCCCCGACCGUGGCGAUGAGGAUAUUGUUGGUCCAAUGUCCGUGGCGCCAGUUCUGCAACAGUCUUCAUAUCCCUCGGGCAAAUCGUUACGGAAGCGAACGCUCUUUAAGUUCUUACAAGAUUUGUUCUCCCCGAGCAUAAAAGCCUGACAGACGUCGAUGAGACUACUGUUGAUCCUUUGUAGCAUCAUUGCCGUUCCCCGUUUGUUUUUAUUACUAUUGCUCCUAUUACCAUUAUUUCCUCAUUAACAUAAAGGACCCGUUUUCGUUGUCUGGGCAUUUGUUGAAUCAAAUUGGCCCCCCUCUUUCCCCUUCGAUGUACAUGUACAAUCUAAUUUACCCGACAUGUCCUAUUUCUUUUCGGUCCUUUCCUUGACUUCUCGCUUGCCAUGAUCAGUGGCUUCGUGCACCACUGCAACCCUUGGCAAUUUUUAGAGGACUUUCACCGAUGUUUCCCUGUUUCCCUUGUUUUCCUACCAUUUCGCUAACCAUUAUUAUAUUACUCCAUGCAACGACCGAUCAUGUCGGGACGAUGAAUGACGCUCCUUUAUAGAAUUGUUGCUGCUUUGCUAGAGAUACCCGCCCCACGCUCCUUUUUUGUUAUGCACUACAGCCAGACAGAUAAAACAUGCCUACCUCGUUAUUGUCCCUAGAACACUUUCUAUACCCUAUAACCUAUAAUUCUAAUCUAUUUUCACCCGCUACCGGGAACCGUUUUUAUUAU